GGCAACGAUAGUCUGCCUUUGGGGGCCCCCCUCUCGUCGCCACGGCUGGACGCAGCUCGGAACCCUGGGAGGGGUCCGGGGACCGAUUUUGUUCUGCCGUUGCCUCAAUCCGCACUGCUCUCAGCACCUCUUGUGUGUCAAGGCAGUAGUUAGCCAGCACACGCCUGCCGCGCGGCAAGCGCGAUGGUGGAUGCUGAACGUCCAGAACAAGAACUCGUCGUACUUCGUCGAGUGGAUCCCGAACAACAUCAAGGCGUCCGUGUGCGACAUCCCCCCCAAGGGCCUGAAGAUGGCGGUGGCCUUCGCCGGGAAUUCCACCGCGAUCCAGGAGAUGUUCAAGCGUGUGGCCGAGUACUUCACGGCGAUGUUCCGGCGCAAGGCCUUCCUGCAUUGGUACACUGGCGAGGGCAUGGACGAGAUGGAGUUCACUGAGGCCGAGAGCAACAUGAACGACCUGGUCUCUGAAUACCAGCAGUACCAGGGAGGUGGCGCCCUCCGGAGAGUUGCCCAACAGCCGCGGGCUUCGUUCAUCAAUCGGGAGCGCUCCGCGCGCGACCCGCUGCCGUCUCGGCUCGAGCGACAUCGCGGCGCCCUGGGAACACUGCAGGUCUCCAAGCAAGCGCACUGGCGGAUCUCCGACGAGCAUGGCAUCGACCCGACGGGGACCUACCACGGCGACUCCGACCUCCAGCUGGAGCGCAUCAACGUGUACUACAACGAGGCGACGGGAGGGCGCUACGUGCCUCGCGCGGUGCUGAUGGACCUGGAGCCCGGCACCAUGGACAGCGUCCGUGCCGGGCCGUUCGGCCAGCUCUUCCGCCCGGACAAUUUCGUCUUCGGCCAGACGGGUGCGGGCAACAACUGGGCGAAGGGGCACUACACCGAGGGGGCGGAGUUGAUUGACAGCGUCUUGGACGUUGUCCGCAAGGAAGCCGAGGGCUGCGACUGCCUCCAAGGUUUCCAGAUGUGCCACUCCCUUGGCGGCGGUACCGGCGCUGGCAUGGGUACCUUGCUGAUCUCCAAGGUUCGCGAGGAGUACCCAGAUCGUAUCAUGGAGACGCUUCGCACUCAGAUCCCGAAAGUCAGCGACACCGUCGUGGAGCCGUACAACGCGGUGCUGUCGUUCCACCAGCUCGUGGAGAACGCGGACGAGUGCUUCCUGCUGGACAACGAGGCGCUCUACGGUGCUCGGCGGACAUCUGCUUCCGCACGCUGA